ACAAAGCCGACUUGUGCGCAUGCUCGCGCUUAGUCACCCGGAGGGAGGUCCGGCCAGCUGCGGCUUCACUAGGAUUUCGAUCGAGGACCGCGGGCUUUCGGGCCUCGGGAAGCCGACAACAUGGAGGCACCUCCAGUCACCAUGAUGCCAGUAACAGGUGGCACUAUUAACAUGAUGGAGUAUCUAUUGCAGGGAAGUGUUUUGGAUCACAGUCUGGAGAGCCUCAUUCAUCGACUGCGUGGUCUGUGUGACAACAUGGAGCCUGAGACUUUUCUGGACCAUGAAAUGGUGUUCCUCUUAAAGGGGCAACAAGCUAGCCCUUUUGUUUUAAGGGCCCGGAGAUCAAUGGACAAGACAGGAGCACCCUGGCAUUUGCGCUAUCUCGGACAGCCUGAGAUGGGGGACAAGAACCGCCAUGCCCUAGUACGUAACUGUGUAGACAUUGCCACAUCAGAGAACCUGACCGAUUUCUUGAUGGAGAUGGGCUUCCGAAUGGACCAUGAAUUUGUUGCCAAGGGCCACUUGUUUCGGAAAGGUAUCAUGAAAAUCAUGGUGUACAAGAUUUUCCGCAUCCUGAUACCUGGAAACACUGACAGCACUGAGGCCCUGUCCCUCUCCUAUCUUGUGGAGCUAAGUGUUGUGGCACCAGCGGGACAGGACAUGGUCUCUGAUGACAUGAGAAAUUUUGCUGAACAACUAAAGCCUUUGGUUCACUUGGAGAAGAUAGACCCCAAAAGGCUAAUGUGACAAAAAAUAGACUGCCUGACGUUGGCAUCUGGUGUUUUGCAUUGUACAAACUAAGACUCUAAAUAAAUAUCCUUGAGCAACAUAAA